UCUCGUGCGUGAGUGAUCUUUGUGGUUGUCGUUAUGCCUGAGCCAGCCAAGUCCGCCCCUGCCCCGAAGAAGGGCUCCAAGAAGGCCAUCACCAAGACCCAGAAGAAGGGCGACAAGAAGCGCAAGAAGAGCCGCAAGGAGAGCUACUCCAUCUACGUCUACAAAGUCCUCAAACAGGUCCACCCGGACACCGGCAUCUCCUCCAAGGCCAUGAGCAUCAUGAACUCCUUCGUCAACGACAUCUUCGAGCGCAUCGCUGCUGAGGCCUCCCGCCUGGCUCAUUACAACAAGCGCUCCACCAUCACCUCCCGCGAGAUCCAGACCGCCGUCCGCCUCCUCCUGCCCGGGGAGUUGGCCAAGCACGCCGUCUCCGAGGGCACCAAGGCCGUCACCAAGUACACCAGCUCCAAGUGAGCAGCCUCUGACACCGGCAGAUCCCCAACAACCGCAGAUCUCAAC